ACUUUGCUGAAUACUCGCCUCCACCACACCCGGCACCAUGGGAAAGCGCAAAUCCUCGUCAAAGCCUAUGGGUCCCAAGAGGGCUGAUCCCUUACCAACUACCUUCACCUGCCUCUUCUGCAACCACGAGAAGUCGGUAACUGUCAAGCUUGACAGGAAAGCUGGUGUGGGCCAGCUAGACUGCCGCAUCUGCGGGCAAAAAUUCCAAUGCGCCGUCAACUACCUAUCGGCCGCCGUUGAUGUGUACGGAGAAUGGGUUGAUGCUGCUGAGGCAGUCUCGAAGGCGGAUGGCGGAAUUGGGAGCGCCGGCAGAGGGUAUGGUGCUCGAAGACCUACGGACAACAAAAAUACUAUUGACGAGCACGAAGAGAUCGAUCACGACGAUUACUGAGUGCCAUACCGUGCAUUUCUACAGGGACAGGCCAGGGCGUUACAGAAACGGGGAUAUUGAUGCAUACUAAAUACCAGGGUCUUAUCGAAAAAAAGAAAAAAGCUAUAUCCACAUCGUUCCUCAAAUCGUAUAGAAUCGGUCGCCAAAGUCUCCAAGACCAGGCACAAUAU